GCUGUUUAUUCUGGCGCUCUUUCCUGCUUUUGCUGGAAUAGCUAUUAUUUUGGCUCCCCAAAAACCAUGUCCCAAGCCCCGGAUUUGGCCGGCGGGAAUGUUCAGCAGAAACGGAGGAUACUUAGCGGAGUGGAAUACAACCGGAUAUGCCAGUUCAUUAACGGAUACCACGGACUGCCCAUCGACUGCGAGUUCGAGUUGAGGAACCGCUUCUUCAAGGACGUGGAGCCGAUGGCCUUGACAUGCAUCCUGCAAUCGGAGCUUUUCAACAAGUCGCGGGGUCACCACUGGAAGCAGGAGCAGCGGGGCAAGAAGCUUCUCAAAACGUUUGAGGAGCAGAAGAACCUCUACGACAACGCCCUGCUAAUUCGAAUGGCCUGUGUCGAGGGACUUAAUCCUGUGGCCGUCUGCAGGAUGCUGUUGCAAGAAAAGUACAAACUGCGCCAUCGUUCGCACAUCUCCCGGUUUCUAAAGCAUCCGCACCUCAUCGACGAUCCCCGGCUGGCGGCCAAUGUGCAGCAGUGCAUGAUCAGCGACAACCAAGAGGGACCCAUCACAGAUCUGCGGCGCCGCAUCAUCGGCGAGGAAUACGAGCUGAAGCUUAAAACGCUUUCCAAAGAGGCGGGAAUCCACUUCUACGACGAACAGGACUUGCGGCGGAUGGGCUAUGACAAAACCCCAGACAUCAAGAUGAUCCUACCGUUUCUGUUCAAAGGAUCCGUGAUCAACUGGAUCGAGAGCAAGGCCAAUUUCGGGGACACCAAGGGACACAAGUUCAACAUCCAACAACAACUACAUAGUUACUGCAAUCGUUUUGGACCAGGAAUCAUAAUCUAUUGGUUUGGCUACCAUGAGGAAACGCCACUUUUGCCGGAUAAUAAUAUUGGCAUCACUGUGCUUGCUGAUUUUCCUGCCAAAGAGGAUUUGGUUUUCAUGCAACUCGCUCAAGCAGAAUUGCCCACUAAAAAUGCAACCAUCAAUGAGGAAAACAGUUCAACGAGUCAGAAACCAGAGGAAUAUAAAGAGCCUUCGUGAAGUUUUACCUUUUUUAAAGAAAACGGCGAAACAGGGAAAAUAACUUUUUCGGAACUUGUUGAUUAGGCAGCGACUUGUUUUACCAUAUUAAACGAUAUGUGCUUGUUUGUACAAUGUACAUGGACAACCUAAA